GCUGUUAACAAUGGUGAUUGCUAGACAAUAUGUUGAAGGUGUUAGCCCCCUGUGAAGUAUAUGUUGAUUUAAACUAUGAUUGGUCUUCAUGCACGUGCUUCGGAGGGCCGGCCAGCAGGGCGGCGCUGCUUGUGGAUGUCGAGCAGGGCUUUAGUGGGGUUUAUUUUCCAAGCGAGGAGGUGGAGGCGCCUCUUGACGUUUCCUUCUGCAACAAAAGGAGCGGGAGGAGGUUUGAAAGCAGCGGCAUCGGCAAAUACACCGAGAGAGGGGCCUAGUGGCGCCUGAGCUGAUCCCGUGUUGAGGCUGCUGUGUGCCGAUCGACUGGUCGGGGCCUUGGCCUCGGGCUUGCUGUGGGCCCUUACCCUUACCCUGUGUCACCAUGGCCUUGGAGGGGGAUGUCCUGGACACGCUGGAAGCCCUGGGAUACAAUGGACCCUUGUUAGAAGAGGAUGCUCUUUUGAAAGCAGUUGAGAUGGGGCCGUCCUCUUCAGAAUUUACUGAACUUUGUGUGUGGUUAUCAUCACAGAUUAAACUGUUGUGUAAUUUGGAAGAAUGUAUAAAUUCUACUACCAGUGCUGAUGAUACAGAAAGCUUUCUGCUGGAGAUUAAUGGCUUCUUGAAAGAGAUGUUGUGCCCUUUCUCAUCACUUCUCACUGGAGACUUCAAAGAAAGACUAAGAAAGAAAGAAGACUGCUUAAAACUUCUUUUAUACUUAUCAUCUGAGCUUCAAACUGCUAGGAUCCUUCACUCUAAAUCUCCUCCAGUGUCUAAAACUGAAGGCAAUGAAGAAGUUCGGCAAGAAAUUAGAUCUAUUUGUGCAACGUUGAGUGUGCCCUGCCCUGUAUCUGGUGCUGCUGAUGCACAUUUAUUUAAGAUUCUGGAAGAAAAGGUGAAAAAUAUCACUUCCAAGGUUCCCGCAAAACACAUGGGAGAGCCCUUGCUAAAGCUAACACUAACCCCUGACCACUGGGAAAAGCUCAUGGCAAUAAAUGAUGCUCUCACAAAUGAAUAUGAAGUGCGCAGAAGAAUGUUAAUCAAACGUUUAGAUGUGACUAUCCAGUCAUUUGGGUGGUCAGACAAAGCCAAGGCAAAUACAGAUAAUAUGGCAAAGGUGUAUCAACCAAAAAGGCACACUUUGUCCCAGGGAUCUACUGUAACACUGGCACACCUCUUGGCAGCCCGUGAGGAUUUAUCCAGGAUUUUGAAGACCAGCAGUGGUUCCUUAAGAGAACUGACAUCCUGCGCCAUUAAUAAGGUCUUGAUGGGAAGAGUGCCAGAUCGAGGAGGUCGGCCGUCUGAGAUAGAAGCACCACCACCAGAGAUGCCACCGUGGCAGAAGAGACAAGAUGGAGGGCGAGGUGGGGGGCGUGGUGGAGGUGGUUGGGGUGGUGGCCAGGGAAGUGGAGGUGGUUAUGGAGGAAGAGGUGGUUAUGGAGGAAGAGGUGGCUAUGGAGAUAUGGGAAACUAUGGAAGAGGAGGAUAUAGACGGUACUGAAUGGGUAUUGCAAUCUAUUUGUGAUGCUUGUAUAAGAAUGAACUCCUGUAGUUACAUUCAUUUGUCACUAUAGUAGAGUGUGAAUGUUGAACCUGCAACUGUAAAUUGAUUAUUUUAUCUAUUCAAUUGAGAAAGAAAGGCACCAUGAUGUCCUUUUUAAGGUAGAUAAUUGAAGACUUUUUUAAGACUGCUCAUAGAUAUAAGAUCUAGAAACUGUUUACUACUGUAACAAAAAUCUUUUUUUUACAUGUUAAUUGUUGAAACUUGCUUUUUCUAUGAGAAUGUGAUUAUGAAAGUGUUUUACUUUGGAAAUGUUGGAAGGUUCUGAAGAGCUGUGACCAGUCAAUUUUUUUUUUUAAUGGAAAAAUUUUAGACAUGUAGUGAAUAAAAAAGACAUUAAGAAAUA